CGGCGGUUGUGGUGGUUGGUGCGGGAGGCGGCGGAGAUGGCGGUGUCGGAGCAGCUGUACCCGCGGAGCUCCAUCGAAGAUGACUUCAAUUACGGCAGCAACGUGGCCUCGGCCAGCGUUCACAUCCGCAUGGCUUUUCUGCGAAAGGUCUACAGCAUUCUUUCCAUUCAAGUUCUUCUGACCACAGUAACAUCAGCAGUUUUUCUGUACUAUACUGGAGUGCAGGCAUUUGUUCAUGAAAGGCCUGCCUUGCUUUUGAUAUCUGGUUUGGGAUCUUUGGCUGUAAUAGUGGCACUGACCCUCUACAGACACCAGCAUCCUGUUAAUUUAUACCUGCUUUUUGGAUUUACCCUGCUGGAAGCACUGACAGUUGCUGUUACAGUGAGUUUCUAUGAUGUCUCCAUUGUCUUGCAAGCCUUUAUUCUUACUACUGCUGUAUUUCUUGGACUGACUGCGUAUACCUUGCAGUCAAAGCGAGACUUCAGCAGAUUUGGAGCAGGCCUCUUCACUUGCUUGUGGAUUUUAAUCUUGUUGGGUUUCUUGAGGCUGUUUUUCUACAGCGAGACAAUAGAGUUGGUGUUUGCUGCUGCUGGAGCUCUUCUAUUCUGUGGAUUUAUUAUUUAUGACACCCAUUUGCUGAUGCACAAAUUAUCCCCUGAAGAAUACAUACUGGCUGCAAUCAACCUCUACUUGGACAUCAUCAAUCUGUUCCUGCACCUACUACGCUUACUGGAGGCAUUUAAUAAAAAGUAGUCAAAAGCAAUGUGGUUUGACUAUAGUGAAUGAAAAGUUACACGUUUGGAUGAUCUGCAGACUGUGUCAUUCUGGCUUCUGGAGACUGAGCCUUUGCUACUUUUUCAUUCCAUGAAUAUUUCUCUCUCCUUAGGAAAAGAAGAAGAGGCUUUUUAAUGUAGCUACGGUUCUUCUUUAGAUUAUAUAUUUUAUGGAGUUACCAUGCUGUCAUCGUUUCAGUCACUUUUUGAAUCACUUCAUUUGCACUUGACAGAAUUCACGAUUGAGAAUUUGCCAGCUUCUGUUUGCUCCAGAAGGAGGCCUUGGUUGCUAUUCUGUAGCUGCUAGAAGUGUUUCCUAUGGUAUUACAAGUAUGAGUACCAUGUAAGAGUAGCCCAAGCUUAUCAUCUUGGACUGUUUUACUAAGCUAAUUUGUUUUUCCCUAGUUUUUGUUUGGUAAAAUGGAAUGCUGUCUGUAACAGAGAUACUCUGUUCUUGCUCUGGGCUGUCAGGUCAUUCUGGAAGCUCAGAGGGUUUUAAAGGGAAUGUUCUUCGUUGAAGUGUUAUUUAUUGCCUGAUUUUAGUGUUCUGGAAAAUCAUUUGGAGAUGGAUUCUGGCAUUUACCAGUUUAUGUAGAUGAAGGUUAAUGGCCUGUCAAUAAAAAUUGGAACAACUUCA